GCUGCGAUACGCCGGUCCUUGCGUCGAGCGCCGGUGGUAGGGUGACGGUUAAGUGGCGAGCGCGCGGGUGGGGACGAGGUCGAGGGCGUUGAACAAAGGUUGGAUGCGUCGGUCGGCCGGCCGGCGGCCGCAUUCACGAUUCAAACAUGGCAGCGGCUACCAGCGUUGUCGUGCUCGACAGGGGCAACAACACCACCUGCACCAUCAAUUUGCACGGAGCCACCGUGGUGUCCUGGCGGGUGAACAAUCAGGAGCAGCUCUUCGUCAGUAAGCAAGCUGUGUUCGACGGGAAGAAGGCGAUCAGAGGCGGCAUACCAUUCGUCUUCCCACAAUUCGGAGCAUGGACGUUCGGGCCACCUCACGGCUUCGCCAGGAUCAUUCGUUGGAACGUGGAGAAGUCGCCGGAGCGGUUGCCCAGCGGAGACGUCGAGGCGAUAUUCUCGAUAAUGGACAGCGAAUUCACACGGUCGUUGUGGAACUCACAGUUUAGGUUAACGUACAGGCUAAUACUGCGCGAGAAGGAGCUGCACUUCAACAUCGGCGUGUACAAUCCUAGCAGAGACGACACGUUCAGCUUUAAUUUGCUCCUGCACACUUACUUCAAGGUACCCGACGUCAGGAGGUGCCAGAUCACGGGGCUGCAUGGAUGCACGUUCAUCGACAAGACUAGGGACAACCAAGUCUUCCAAGAGGGCCGCGACGUCGUGACGGUGUGCGAAUGGACCGACAGGAUCUACCAGAACACGCAGCCGGAGCAUAUCAUCACGAACGUCGUGUCCGGCAGGAAGAUGCGCGUGCAAAAGUACAACUUCCCCGACACCGUCGUGUGGAAUCCGUGGCAGGAGAAGGCGCGCGACAUACCGGACUUCGGCGACGACGAGUUCCCCAACAUGAUCUGCGUCGAGAGCGGGCACGUCAGCAGCCCGGUAAUACUGCUGCCAGGAACGGCCUUCGAAGCCAGCCAGAUUCUACAGGUGAUGUGAGUAGAGAGUGGAUCGACCUCGCAUGUCAACGCCGGGGGCGGUAGCAACCCGCUGCUUCCGGCCACGUCCUCAGCAUCGUCCGCUGUCUGGCCAGCCGGCGCUGGCUGGCUCUACAUGCCGCCGCCACCGCCGCCGCCUCCGCCGCCGCCGCCGCCACCGCCGCCGCCUCCUCCGCCGUCGCACCCGUCGUCCCUGCAUUCCCACUGCGUAGCCCAGACCUGCACGAUAUGCUCCUUGAAUCUUUAGAGACCCCCCCGGCCUCGAGGAGGAAGCCUCGCGCCGGAGGACGACUCCUCCAGCUCUCCCGCGCCCGCCGCCCACCGAAGAAGGUUCCUCCUUCGUCCACCCGGUGUCCACCCAUCCAGGAAGCGGUGACUCGCGCAGCGAGAAGAAGGCGACUAAGAUUCUCCUCGUCGAGCGCGGACGACCACCACCUGCCUCCCUACGUCGGCGCUUCAUCUCCCCGUGUCCGCCCGUGUCCUGCGGCGUCGUUCGUCCCGGCUUGUCGCUGGCGGUGCUCAGCUUCCUCCCGUCGGGGACAUUCGCCGGGAGGUGUCGAGAAUGCCGCAGGGAACGGGGUCCCUCUGUUUCGGGUUCCCGUGGAGAACAGCAUCCUGAAGAGACGGUCGGCUCGAGGUCUCUCCGCGGCCCAUCGCGCGUAUCCGCGUACAUUCCAUUCCACGCGCCAUUACUCCGUCGACUAACUUCGUCCAGCCCACCGACGCCAGCGUGCGUGUCCGGACGGAGCGGUUAUCGUCGAGCAAGGUUGCGACAAGGUUGCGAAAGGGUCGCAGCAAUCCCCGGUGAGAGGAAGUUACAUGGCGCUUUGGCCUGCUCGGCUCACGCGCGCUUGCCUUUCCCUCGUCGAGGACUCUCGAACCCUCCCGAAAGCCGCGGAAGAAGCCGCGUUGCGACUUAUAAUCCUGGAUCUUUCGGACUGCGACCUCCGGAUGCGUGAAGUUCAAUAAGACGAGUGGACAGACCACAGUGAUCAGCUGCCGGUAACAGAGAUCUUCAUGGGAAUAAGAAGAUCCAGGGAAGAUCAUUGAAAAAGCAAAGAGUGCUUUCGUGCUGACGACGUCGUUCCAUCUUCACCGCUCUUUAUGUGCUGCAGGAAGGUCGAACAGCGUCUUCGGCACAGGAGUCCAAAGCGAGCGUAGCCAGAGUCUCGCAGACUCGAAGAAACAGAAGACGCUGCUCCGGGCUGUCGCAGUUCCAGCUGCAAAGCCGAGGAAGCCGCGAUGGGAGCGGCCGAAGCAUGCCGUAACUCCUUGUCACCGCACCGAUUAGACCGCCGCCACCUGCGGAUGGAACGCUCCUCCGUCUCGACACCCGCGCACGUCGACAGCGUGCAGUAUUCCGUAAUUUCGUAAUUACAUCGCGACGACGCGUGCAGUUAGCAGCGGAAAUUGCAAUUUGAAGAGACGACGUUUCGAUGAGACAGAUCGCGGCGCCGUGAUUCGACUCGGACGAGGACGAGCGCCCCCUACGGCGCUUUUCGGCGAGCUCGUCUCAUGAGAAAAUGUCGUACUUUCAAGUGGCGAGCUUCCUUCGUAAUGUAGACCGCGUGUAUCUGUAAGGACGGUGCGACCCACCAGGGGGCCGGUUGUUCCAACUUUUUGGUAAACUUCUUGGUAAGUUAACUGAUAGUUAAAUCAUAUGUUAAUUUUCGUUUUUCCUUCAAUUUAAACGAAGACAGACAUGUGAUUUAACUAUUGGUUAGCUUACCAAGGAGUUGGAACAACUUCGCGACUCAACAAGCGCCGUGUGAGGCCUCGCUCAUCGGUCUCUCAGGGUCUCGCUCGGCGCAAGGAGGCUUCGUGCGGGCGUGUCGUUGUUGCUGGCGUCGCUUCUGAAUGUUAACGCGAUGGACGCGUUUGUUGUUUUGUAAACGCGUGGCGAUGAAUUCAAUGCGAAUUGUAACGGCACGCUCGUCCACGCUGAAAUUCACGCGCGACUAACGAGACCCACUUUGUGAGACGUACCUCGCGCGCGCAGAGGAGCCAACAGCCGCAACGGACAUCCGCGAAUCCGAAGUUCACUUUAUCGAGAGAUCUUUCGAGGCGAUAUACUUAAACGAUUGCCGGAGACGCCCUCGAGCGCGCACUUUGAGUUGCCCGAGUUCGUCGCGCGCGGACUCCCAGGGACCCUUGAGUAGUGUUGAAGUGUCCAUAUAUAUAUAUAUAUUUUUUUUUUCUUUUUUAAUAACACGUUUCUAAUCUCUCGCGCGGAGAUAGUGCAUUUAAUCUUAACUAGGGAAAGUACAUGAAUUUUUUAAUGAAUUUUCAGAUUCCUUAUGGAUACCAGCAGCGAUGGAGAGGUUGAAACUCGGAUAUAUCUUACCGAAUCUAACGCAUAUUAAACGAAAGAUGAGUCUGAAGUACAAAAAAACGUUUACUAUAAUUUCACUAAGGAAUUAAUUGUAACGAUGAGAGAGAAAGAGGAGAGAGAGAGAGAGAGAGAGAGAGAGAGAGAGAGAGAGAGAGAGAGAGAGAGAGAGAGAGAGAGAGAGAAACACCAGAAAAGGAAGAAAGAAAGAGCAGAAAUAUAGUCGAAUUGUCCGUUGACACGCGUGCUCACUCGCUGCUGAAGUUUCACGGAGACAGUGAUAUCGAUGAUCAAAAUUGCAACUUCGCAUAUUCGCCAACCUUUCCAAACGGAGACACUUCUUUCCUGUUACAAUCGUACGAUUUGUUUUUAUAGCAUAAGAAAAAAAAGUCCGCGACCUUUGUUUCUUUUUUAUCGGUCUCCAAGACUUGACAUUGAUCCGUUCGAUUUCGCGACACACGAUUCACCUACGAACAAUACAAAUAUGGUGCUAUAUUGUUACGAGUAUAGUGUUGUAAUAAUAAGUAGCGACAGAGUAGGUAAGCUCAGUUGACAUUCUUCCCGUAGCGCAGCUGCCACUUCACGAAUAUAAUUUCCCCGCUGAGGAUUUUUCGAUACUAUCGAACUUUGAUUUUUCGAUACCUACGCACUACUGUCCCCCCGAAUAUGCGUAUAGCGACCCGGUCUCACACACCUUUCCCACGUGUAAGAAGAAACGUUGGAUCAUCGAAAUAGGCGUAAGCGAAUAUUUAUACCGUAACGUAACUCGAUUACGAGAUAUUAUCGUAAAAAAAAAUUACAUGUGUAUACGAAACAUUUGUAAAGGCAUUAACGAAUUAUGUCCGUAACAGCAGAAGGAGGGGAGCAGCGUUUUUAGGAAAUUGCAUUAUUAUUAUUAUUAUUAUUAUUAUUAUUAUUAAAGUAUCAUAUGAAACGAACGAGAGUGCCAUUGAUUUUGUGCCGAGAUAACUUAUGCUUUGUAUUAAUUUAUACGGAUGCCGUGUGCCUUUCCGUCGUCAUUUUUAUCCCGGUAAAACGCAUUUCGUUGACGCGCGAGUGUCAUUGCGACGCCAUGAGACUCGUGAAAGAUUGUACCUCGUUUCUCCGAUCGAUUCCGGCUGACGCAAAAUUUCCUAAAAUGCAUUUUCUACUUUAGCGCGAUACGCGAGAAGAGGAAGCCGCUUGUUACCCUGAAUUUAGCUAUCGAUGAAAGUACGCGGAACAAAUUGACCACACCGUACAAUUGAUUGCGGGUGAAGAGAGGAAAUCACGUUAGUCUGUGUCAAUUUCUUGCAUUGAGUGGAAUUUCCGAUACGUAAAAAAAUAGCAGUAUCGUAUGUAAAUUCUUCGAAUGGGCUACCACAUACAUGGGUAGCAUACUAUUAUAAUUAAAUAAAUGCUCAAUAUAGCGCGUUGUUCCUUGCAUAUUAUUAAACUUGGAGCCAAACAGAAAAAUAUUGGGAAAAAGCAAAAAAAAGAAAAAAGAAAGAACAGAGAGAGAGAGAGAGAGAGAGAGAGAGAGAGAGAGAGAGAGAGAGAGAGAGAGAGAGAGAGAGAGAGAAGGCGAAGAGAGAACGAACGGAACGUUCCUGCUUAUAGAUGUGUUAGAACGCCAAAAUACAGCCUAGUAAAAUCAGAAUACAACUAUUAACGACUAUUCUCAAAUAGGAGGAUUGAAUUUCGCCACUUUCGAUCCCACAGAUGACUCUACCCCAUUAACGAUUUUUGGUCUUUAGAGGCUAGACAAUACGUUCGUCGUUUAAUGAUAACUACACAUAUACAUACAUA